GAAGAAAUGAAGGAUUGGGUAGUUGCAGGCCCGAUCCAAUACCCAAAUUAUAAAAGGUAAAGAGAUCUGCAGAGAAUCCGCCAUUGUAGCUUCUCGAGAAGUGACAAUCAGGACUGAAUGGCAAUGAAAGGGGGAAAUGGAGUAACUUAUACAAAUGAUACGAAACAGGCGGGAAGGAUGAGAUUCGAGAAUCCCUUCGCCUUGAAGAUAGGCCAAGUAUUCACAGGCUUCGGAAUCGGGUGCGGAAUUGGCAUUGGCUAUGGCCGACCAUUGAACCUGGGUGCAAUACCUGUUUUGAACCAAGUUAUGGUUGCUACUAGGGGUGCAACUGAUGCCUUUUCAGGUGUACAAGUGCAUAUCAACAAUUCUUUGAGAAAAGUUGGUGCAAAGAACAUUGAAGCAGGUUUUGGCUGUGGUGUGGGUUUCGGCCAUGGAUUUGGUGUUGGCCUAGCUUUGAAGCCUUCUGUAUUGCAUCAGAUUCAAUCUCAAGCUGCACAAGUUGCAGCUCAAUUGAUGAAAAAACUUGGAGUGGGUUCUGAUUCUCUAUCAUCCGUUAAUCAGGGCAUUCUUCCAGCAUCUUUACAAACAGGAAUGAACAUGGUUAAGGAACCAUCACAUGAAAAUUCUACUGGAGAUAUUAGUCAAUUUGUAAAAUCAGUAUCAAACAAUACACAUAAUGGAAACAUUAGGGGGGAAAGAGUUGUCGUUUCAGAGCAUACUGUAACUCCUGAGAGCUCUGAAUCAAGUACACAAUAUAGCAGUCGAACAGAGACCGUCCUUAAUAAUUUUUUGCAAAAUCCUAUUCUAAAGGAGGGAAUUUCACUUCAAGAAAAGGCUGAUCCACUGCAGCUGGAAAAUAAAAUCCUUCAGAUGGUAUUAAAACACCAGUUACUCAUUGAUGAGCUAAUGCAAGAGAACGAGAAGCUUCACCAAAUAUUGGUUGAAGACUUGAAAGUGCAUCCCAACAAACUGCAAUCUACCUUCAUUAGUAGGAGUAAGUCCACUUGUGCUGAAUGUUUUGAAUGCCGCAGAAAACAAAGAAGAAGAUGAAGUAAUUAUCGUCCAUGUAAUUAUCCAAGUAUUUUGUCUCAACAAGUGCCUGCAUUAUUUAUAUCACAUCUAAGCAUUCUUAAAGGGAACUAGGUCCUGCCAUUGAGCACACUUCUUUGGAACAGAGAGAGCAGAGUCGACUACCUAAAGGUAAUUUUAAUAGAAAAUAGUAUGAUUUAGAGUUCAUCACUACACACCUCUUUAAGUCAAGCAGCCUUCUAGUUUAUAAAAAUUUAAUAUUUUGGUUGGAUGCCGCCUGAUCUAUUUUGUAAGGCCAGAUUUUGUAGUCUGCUGAUUUUUUAGUAGAUGCGUUUCUCUUGAUGCUAACUUCUAAAAAUGUAUAGAUUUUUGAAAAGUUAUUAUUUCAAUUGGAUAGAUUAUUAUACCACAGUUUGUAGGGGCUAAUUCAUUAGAGUGGUUAACUAGUGAAAGGGAGAAAAGAUGCCUCUCUUAAAUGUGACAU